AUGAAUCCAUCACAUGGAAGCAAUAAAGUGCUAUUCACAAUUGAAGAACAGCUGGACGGAUUGUGCGACAAUUCCGAUGAUGAAGAGAAUGAGAAAGAGGUGGUGGGAGAAAAUGAUGACCUCUCUGACGAAUCCUCGGCUGCAGAAAAAAAGGAUCCUGACCCGUUGAACUCAAACGAUGACGAUGAUGAAAAAGACGUGGACGAAAGUUCUAUUGAGAACUUCGUGGCCUGUCAAUUCACAAAGGUAGUGAAGAAAAAGCAAAUAUGGAGGAUGUACUUGAAGCUCGGCAUCAUUCACGUGAAAGGGAAGGAGGAGGCCUUCCGCCAGGCACUGGGUGAAAUUAAAUUUGUUUGUUUGUGCAGUUUAACGGCGUUUCAGCACAACUGGCUAUCUUUACGCCCUUUGUUCCUUUUCUAUAAAUGCGUUUUGUUGUUUUAA